UCUCCGGCGGGCACGGAGGAGACGGGCGGCUGCUGCCAGCAGAACGGCCUGAUCAACACGCACAGCCUGCGGGGGGGGGCCAAGGAGGGGCUGGUGUCGGUGUACUCGGCCCCCCAGUACCAGGGAGGGCGGGGGCGGGGUGUGGGGGGGUCAGGGGGUCCGCCGCAGCUGCUGAACGCGAGCGCGCUGGCUCAGGGCGUGGACGCCGGGCGGUUCCGGUCCGGUCCGAACCUCAUCGUGUGCUCGGAGAGCGUGCUGCGCGCGUGGGGCGAGAGCGUGGCCGGGGGGGGGGACUGCUGCGAGACCACCUUCAUCGAGGACCUGUCGCCCGCAUCCGCCGCCGCCGCCGCCACCGUCACCAAGGACGGGCUGGUGUUCGCCGACGGGAAGUUCCUGGACCUGUCCAUGGAGGACGCCAAGAUCCAGACGCUGUCCUACGACAUGGACGACGACGACGACUUUCAGGAGCUGGAGAGCGACUACUCCAGUGACUCUGAGAGUGAGGACAACUUCCUGCUGAUGCCCCCCAGGGAUCACUUGGGACUCAGCGUCUUCUCCAUGCUGUGCUGCUUCUGGCCCCUGGGCAUCGCAGCCUUCUACCUGUCCCACCAGACCACUAAGGCGGUGACGAAGGGGGACUUCCACCAGGCCUCCUCCAGCUCACGCCGCGCCCUCUUCCUGGCUGUGCUGUCAAUCACCAUCGGCACCGGCAUCUACGUGGGCGUGGCUGUGGCUCUCAUCGCGUACCUCUCCAAAAACAACCACCUGUAGCCUUGCUCUGGACCGCACA